UAAUAUUUCCUUUCAGACAAAUAAUAAAUGUAUAACGUAACGCGUAUAAUGAUAUUUUGUAAAUGUUUGAUUAUCUUAUUGUGAAAAAAAGCUAGGAGAAUUUUUUUCAAUGUCGUUUGUGUUUAUAUUAAUAAAACUCAAUGUGAAUUACUAUAUACUAUUAUGAAUGAUUAAAUAGGUUUGUUGAAAAAGAAACGUGUAAAAAUAUCAGACUUGUGUGUAACUACAUUUGUUUCUACUAAUCAGCUGACUUCCGGAACUUAUAUGAGAGAAAAUGUUAGUGAGGCAGUGAGGCCUUUCAUUCUUUUCACUUGACAGAACAGCAUACUCACAAGACAGCAAUUUUUUUAAUUGUUGAUAAUUUUAUUAAUCGAAGACUGACACGUUUAGUUUUUUGUAAUCUAAACUUGCUUAGAAAGAAACUAAUGUUACACUCUGUAUAAUCGUGUUGAAAAAUAAUUCGAAGGUAAUUUGGUGCUAUCAUCUUAAAAAUAAUAUGAAUUCUGAAGAAGGUGCAAGUAACAGUCAAAAUAAAAAUGGUACAAGAUUAGAAGAAAAUUUAAAAAAAAAUAGCAAUAAAUCAAUUGAACAGUCAACUAAAAUUAUACAACUUGAAAGUAAAUUAAAUGGAGAUCAAAUAAAAUUAAGUAAUAAAUUGAGUGAUAAUGGUGCCAAGAAUCAUUUGUCUUCAAAGGCUUCAAUUGCAUUCGCUAAUGGUACAAAAUCUACAGAAGAUACUACGUGUACCAGUUUUAAUAAUACUAUGGACCAAGAUACAAAUCAAGACAUAUUAAAUGCAAGUGUAUCUCCCAUGUUUUUAAAUGCUAACAAUAUUAAAUCUCAGACUGUAAACACUAAUGUUACAAGUCAAUUGAAGCAUAAGACUGUAAUGAGCACAAGUGCUUUGAAUUUGCCUAAACCUCCUAUGAAUUUAAAUUUAUCUUCAAGUCAAAAUAAUAUGCAUAUGAAUCAUACUUAUGGUAUAUCAGGAACUUAUAAUUCUGGUACUACAUCAAAUGCUACUUUAUAUUUAAAUAAUUCAGCAUCAGUUUCAUCCACAAUACAGUCAAAUUUAACAACAAUUAAACCAAAUGAAGAUAUUGAUAUGAAAAAUAAUGUAGAUUAUAUUUCUGGAAUUGAAAAAUGUCCAUCAAAAGUGUCAUGCAGCUCAGACUCUAGUCCUGAAGUAGACAGUGUCUGGGUAUCAAGGUCCUAUAGAACUAAUAGCUUGUUAAAUAAUAUAGGAGGUAGUAUAGGUUCAACAAGUCAAGGAACAUGUUGUUUUUUGAGACCUAAUAUUAAUGGAAAUAGGGAAAUAGCAGGACCGAGUGGAUUGCAAAAAAAUACACAAAGAGAACAAAAUGAGAGGAGAGAUUCAAGUUCUGGAAAUGAAGGUGACAUGUCAGAUGGAGAAGAUUAUUGUAUUUAUACAUAUAAGGGAAAUGAUGAUGCAGUUCAUUUGAUUCAAAAGGAAGAAAUAAAUCAAGAACAAGUGGAAGAACAUGAAGAGGAAGAACAAUGCCACAGUGGUAGAUCAAGUCCAGAAAUGGAUUUUUUGGAAAUGGACUUUGAUCCUGGGCCUUCUUGUGAGCAGGAUACAGGAGACAGUGAUUUGGCCUCUAUUAACGAAGAUAUACAGAAUAUAGCAUUAGACAAUGUAGAUCCUGAUCCAGUAUUAAAUGAUUUAAGUAGUGGUAAAGUUGUGACUAAACAAGGAAUUGCAACUACAUCUCAAAACUCAAAGCAAAGUGUACAAAAUGUGAAUAAUGCAGAAAUUCAGCAAUGUUCUAGCAGUAACCCAUAUAAUUCUGAACCAAGUAUAAAACCAAAUUAUCCUUCUCCAUGGAUGCCAAGUACUAGUAAUGCAAUUGGAAAAUGGGAAACUAGUAAAAUGUAUCGUAAUACAAGAUGUCCUUUACGAGAAUCAUAUGGAUAUCAUAAUACAAGCGGCGAUCUUAUUUCACCGGGUGACAAUAGAGAUUCAGACGCAGAAUUAUGGGUUGAAUCUUCAUCAGCUUCCAUUCCAGAAAACUCAAAUUUAAAUUCUAGGAGAGUGAAUCUCAGUUCAACUCUUUAUCAUCGCAUGAUGGCAAAGAAAUUGAUGCUCAAUAAACAAGCUGCAUUUAAUCAGAGUGGUGACUCAAAUCUAGAAAACGAAUUAUCUAACGAUCGUUUAGAUGGCCUUUUACCAAUUGAGAAAGUUAUGUUAUGGAGUGAACAAGAAGCUACAGUAAAACAAGUAACUCAAAUAGGAACAUCUGCAUGUGGUGCUACUGCUGCAAUAAAUGCUUUGUUGGCUUUAAAUGUCCCAUUUUCAUUAGAAACAUUAGUAAAAGGUGUGAAUACUAGACAAAGAGAACCAGGUACACCACUACCACGAUAUUUAUAUAGUCGAUCAGUGGCUGGAUCGACACACGGAGAUCUGGCCCGCGGCAUAGCUUUAUGUACAAAUGGGUCAGUUAUAACAAAAUUUUUUGCAUUUUAUCCCGAAAGAAAAGUUUCAUUGUCUCAUUGGUUACAUUAUUGGAUAUCAAAAGGUGCUGCGCCCAUAGCAACGCUAAAUUUACAACAUUGUGGAGAAGGAUGUGAUAUUCCAGAUGCAUGGCAUCAUCAAAUGAUAUUUGGUGUUGGACAAGCAGGAAUUUAUUUAACUAAUCCAUUAGAAUGUUUACCUGAACAGUAUGUUUGGCAUCAACUUGUAAGUCCUAGUAUUUUACUAAUACGAAGAGCGGAUGUCUUAGCUCAUUGGAAUCCUAAUACAGAUUUAACACCACUCGCUGCUAUGGAUCAAAAGUGGCGAAAGCUCAAUGUUUUUGGUCAAGUUGUAAAUAUGAUACGCGAAGCAAUGACCCAGAGACGUCAACUCAAUAACUUAUCUACUGGAGUAACUCACAUUCGUAUUCCUGCAUCUUAUCAAGCAGGUAUUACAUUAGUUAUGUGUGCAGACUCUUCAGCUGCUUCCGAAUUGUUACAUACCGAACAAUUACCACUACUCUAGUCUUGUUGAUCAAAAUUAUUAAAAUUCAGGCUGCCCCUUUUUAUUUGUAAUAAAUUUAAUUAGCAGGCUGAUCCGCACAAUGUUAUUCACAAUAGCUCAUUUACUAAAUAAGGUGGGGUCAGAAUCGAAAUAAUUUACAUUUUUAACACAAAAAAUGUUUGUAUUCAAAGAGAAUAUUAUUGAUUAAAAUAUAUUUCAAUAGAAUAUUUCUGUUUUA